AUGCCCGCUCCCACAGACGGGUUGCAUGCGUCGUCCCUGGCCGAGCCCGCCCCUGCGUUCAAGACAGUGACUAUCGAAACGAAGCCCGACUCUAGCAGAGACAAAGACGCCAAAGAAGGCACAGGCAAGCCGUCUGAAGACGAGGGCGAGGGUGAGGACGAGGACCAUGCAGCACAGACACCCACAGAGACAGAGACAAAGGAGGCAAGGACAAAGAGUAAGAUGUCCAACCCGCUGCACUGGUUCGGGAUUCUGGUGCCUCCUCCGUUGAGGAACGCCCAGGAGGCUUUCGUUGGUGCUGUGGCUGGCCCGAUUCCAGCACUAGCGGGUGUUGUCAGUGAGAUGAGAGAGGUCGAGCACAAGGUUGAAAGUUUGCGACGGGCUGCUCCGCAUAAAAUAGCCAAAUGA